AGUUGGCAUAUACAAGGUUUUUGUUUUAUGAUUUUACAUGGAACGACUAGCUCUUUAAUUUUGAAAAGGAACAAAAGCAGCAUGUAGCAGACAUUUCUCACCUUAAAUCGCUGCCGAACACCUUCGUAACUCUUUUUAAGCCUGCAGUGAGCCCUUGCAGUGAGGGCUGAGGCACCUGCCCUGGUUGGCACCCAUACAAGCCUUCCAGUUUGAUGAAAGCAGCAGUAGGAAACCUCGAAUGACCUUUGCUGAUUUCCAACAGAUCACUUACUGUUAAGCUUAGAUGUGGUAUUCUAAAAAACUUAUGGAAAGCUGUAUUUUGUUCCUUGAUAACUUCUGGUUUAGAGAUGUGUUUGGUACCUGUGUAGUGAGAAAUGUGACUUCCCUAAAGAGAGGUCUUUGUCCCGGCUCCUGGUAACCUGUAAACGCAUGGAAUUGCCCAAGUGAUAGAAGCAUCUUUGUUACUCCUGGGAGUCCUUCAGCACAGCUGUGGGAGGGCAGAACUGGACCUGGCUUCAGAUGAACAGUUAUUCCAUCAGUCAUAUCUGGAGAAUGAAAUGUCAGUAAAAACUCUGGGGAGCUUCCUAGCUGAGCAGUACUCUAUGCACAUCAUCACACAUGGAUGCCAGGAGGGUGAUAGAAGAUUCAGUUUGGAACCUCAUAAUCUCUUCCCUACGUCUCGUGCUUUGGCUGAUUGUGAUUUGUCUUUUCCUUGUAAUUAGUGUAACUGAGAAUAACUGCUUUCAGUGAAGUUUGGUGUUUGUGGCAAAUUAUGUGUGUGGUUUUGGGACUCUCUUGUGCUUAACAGUUGUCAGGAUGCUGGGAAGACUUGGCCAGCUGGAGGACUGGGCCUAUAAGUCAUAGUGUGGCAGUGUAGAAUCCCAAAAAGAGGUCACUGAACUUGGCCAUCACUUUCUACAAAAACACCUUCUUUUUCUUUCUCCCUCUGUUUUACUCUUUCUUCUCUUUCUCCUUAUUAUCCCUUUUAUUUUGCCCAUCUCUUUCUACACUUUUCUGAGUUGGUCUUUUACAUGCACAGGUGACACUCAUAGACCUUAAUUCAUCUAAACAGUGCCAUUCAAGCAUACAAAGGUCUCUGACUAGAAAACCUACUGUGAAAUGUCCGCCUGUGGCCGUUGCAUGUCAGAAGUGAAAUGUCUUUAGACAUUUGUGGUAAGUAGUUCCUCAUGCAGGGAAUCAUAAAAAAGUGAAAGUGACCUUCGUGAAAGCUGAACACAGAAAAGCCUGCAUUUGUUGAACAGUAGUUCAGAAGAAGCCCCUUGUAGGUAUUGGAUCCCAGAAAUUUUAAAUACAUAUGUUUCCUGUAUAAAACUGAGUCCUUGCUAUAAGCUCAAGCUUAUUUGUUACUCCUUCAUCUACAGGGUGUAGACAGUUGGUGAAAUGAGUGACGCAGGAGACGAUGAUAUCCCCCAGCUUUCUUCCCACACCCUAGCAGCUCUACAGGAAUUUUAUGCUGAGCAGAACCAACACACUGACCCAUGUGGGGAGGAUAAAUAUAACAUUGGAAUAAUAGAAGAGAACUGGCAGUUGAGCCAGUUCUGGUACAGUCAGGAAACUGCUUUGCGACUUGCACAGGAAGCUGUUGAUGCUGCCGGAGAAGGAGGCAGAAUAGCCUGCGUGAGUGCACCCAGUGUGUACCAGAAACUCAGAGCACUGCACAGAGAACACGUCUCUGUGUACAUCUUUGAAUUUGACAAAAGAUUCGCCAUGUACGGAGAGGAAUUUAUCUUCUAUGAUUACAACCAUCCAUUAGAUUUACCUGAAAAAGUCACUGCCCACAGUUUUGACAUCGUGGUAGCGGAUCCUCCCUACCUUUCUGAGGAAUGUCUCAGGAAGACCUCCAAAACCAUCAAGUACCUGACUCGGGGCAAGAUUCUUCUAUGCACAGGUGCCACCAUGGAAGAACAGGCAGCACAGCUCCUGGGAGUGAGGGUGUGCAGGUUCAUCCCAGAACACACCCGAAACCUGGCAAAUGAGUUUCGCUGUUACGCCAAUUAUGACUCUGGGCUGGACUGUGGGACCUAGGUAUAGAGAGCAAUGCGGUACAGUUCCAUUUCCUCUUUUUAUUUCCUUUCAGUUGAAAACUUGUAACGCCUCCCCACUCGGCCCCAAACUGGGGCUAUCCUGACCUAGUUUCAAAGUAAAAUAAAACUUCUCAUUAUUUCCUUAAUAAGCUUGAGAUUUUUCUGCCAACCUAAGUCCAUGCAAUUCGAGUUGUGAGAAAAAUUUUAGAAGCUGUCUAAUCCACUCUUUCUUUCUUUCAUUUUUUUGGUAGUACUGACGUUUGAACUCAGGGCUUCAUGCUCGCUAGGCAGAUGUUCUACCACUUGAGCCACUCCACCAG